AUUUUUCUUCUUCACAGCUUUAGUUGGAGAAUGGCUUCUGAGGUGAAUGGCAAUUCUACCCACGCUAAAGAGGAGGAAGAGCCCAUGGAUAUCUCAAGUGUAACUCACACAGAGCACUACCAGACACUUAUAGAUGCUGGAUUGCCACAGAAAGUAGCAGAGAGACUUGAUGAUAUUUUUCAGACAGGGUUGGUGGCAUAUGCUGAUCUAGAUGAGAGGGCCAUUGAUGCUCUGAGAGAGUUUAACGAAGAAGGGGCCAUGUCUGUGCUGCAGCAGUUUAAAGAAAGUGAUCUUUCACACGUACAGAAUAAAAGUGCAUUUUUAUGUGGUGUUAUGAAAACUUACAGACAGCGGGAGAAACAAGGGAAUAAGGUACAGGAAUCAACAAAAGGGCCAGAUGAGUCAAAGAUUAAGGCACUGUUGGAUCGGACAGGAUACACCCUGGAUGUGACCACAGGACAGCGGAAGUACGGGGGACCACCACCCGAAGAGAUAUAUUUGGGGCAACAGCCAGGAGUUGGAACAGAGGUAUUCGUUGGGAAGAUUCCACGAGAUCUGUACGAGGAUGAGCUGGUACCUCUCUUUGAGAAAGCGGGCUCCAUCUGGGAUCUGCGGCUUAUGAUGGAUCCAUUAUCUGGUCAGAACAGAGGAUAUGCAUUCAUCACAUUUUGCAACAAAGACGCAGCACAGGAGGCUGUCAAACUUUGUGAUAACUAUGAAAUCCGGUCUGGUAAAUACCUGGGUGUCUGCAUCUCUGUUGCAAACAAUCGGCUGUUUGUUGGAUCAAUUCCAAAGAACAAGACCAGGGAAAGCAUCUUGGAAGAUUUCAGCAAAGUCACAGAGGGUCUUGUGGAUGUGAUUCUUUACCAUCAGCCUGAUGACAAGAAGAAAAACAGAGGCUUCUGUUUCCUCGAAUACGAAGACCACAAAUCUGCAGCCCAGGCAAGACGCAGGCUCAUGAGUGGGAAGGUCAAAGUUUGGGGCAAUCCGGUCACUGUCGAGUGGGCUGACCCUGUUGAGGAGCCAGAUCCAGACAUUAUGGCUAAGGUCAAGGUUCUCUUUGUAAGAAAUCUAGCUACCCCUGUAACUGAGGAACUCCUGGAGAAGACUUUCUCUGAAUUUGGGAAGUUGGAGCGUGUGAAGAAACUUAAAGACUAUGCUUUUGUUCAUUUUGAGGACAGGAAUGCUGCAGUGAAGGCUAUGCAGGGAAUGAAUGGGAGAGAACUGGAGGGAGAAGAAAUUGAAAUAGUCCUUGCAAAACCCCCUGAUAAGAAACGAAAGGAGCGCCAGGCUGCCAGGCAGACUACCAGAAACACAGGGUAUGAAGAUUAUUACUAUUAUCCGCCGCCACGCAUGCCCCCUCCUGUUAGAGGCAGAGGUAGGGGAGGGAGAGGUGGAUAUGUGUACCCUCCAGAUUACUACAACUAUGAAGAAUACUAUGAUGAUUACUAUGGAUGUGAUUACCAUGACUACCGUGGUGGCUAUGAAGAUCCCUAUUAUGGUUACGAUGAUGGCUAUGCUGUUCGAGGAAGAGGCAGCCGAGUUGGCAGGGGUGCCCCCCCUCUCCCCAGGGGCCGCGGGGCUCCCCCACCACGUGGCAGAGUCGGCUAUUCCCAGCGAGGGGCCCCUAUGGGAGCCCCACGGGGGGGCAGAGGUGGCAGAGGGGGUCCAUCCCAGCAGCAGAGGGGCCGUGGUGCGAGGGGUGCCAGAGGGAACCGCGGAGGGAACGUAGGGGGAAAGAGGAAGGCAGAUGUGUACAACCAACCGGAUUCCAAGCGCCGCCAGACCAACAACCAGCAGAAUUGGGGCUCCCAACCCAUCGCUCAGCAGCCUCUCCAGCAGGGUGGCGACUAUUCUGGUAACUAUGGUUACAAUAAUGACAACCAGGAGUUUUAUCAGGAUUCUUAUGGGCAACAGUGGAAGUAGACAAAGUGAGGGCAUUGGGGGAAAAAAAGGAGAUUGGCAACAACUUGAUUGGCUCUUAAAUUACUUCAUCCUUCAAAAAAAAAAAAAAACAUAACAAAAAGCAAUAAUAAAUUGGCUUAAACUCUUCACCGUUCAAGUUUCGAUUGGCUGCAGUAUGUAUUGGUCUGAAGAUGAGAAUCACUAUAUGUGAAUAUAAACACCUUUCCUUAUUUACUUAUUAUCCUUUUUCCUUUCUUGUGUUACUUGGGACAUUUCUGGCUUUAAAAACAUGACAGUAAAGUGCUUAUAUUUUAUUUUUUGUUUGUACUUUUUUUUUAAGGCUACAUUUUAACAUUUAAAAGGUGGACACUCAUUUCCAAAAAUUUGGGGAGACAUUUUAAUCAUGAUUAUCCUGCAGGAGUCAAAUGUUUGUUUUUCUCCCUUCAGAUUUGUGAUAGACUGCCAUAGGGAUUUGCUUGUACAUAAAGGCCUAAAGCUAGUGCUUUAUUCUCAAUGGUUUUAAAGAGAUGGGGGGCAGGAGGGAGGGUUCCAGUUAUGAAAGAAAAAAAAAAACAGUUUUUUUUUUGUAUUGGGAAUUAAUGGUAAAAUGUAUGUUUAGCAUUUGUAGAAGUAGGUUAAUUGUGUUUUUUUAAACUGUUAUAACUUCAAACCUUUUUGAAAAUCUGCCCAAGAGAAUUUGGUUUGGCUAAACCAUAAGAGACGUGGCAAUCUGUUCUUUGAUGUGAUUGUAUUUAUAACUUGUUCUUGUUACAUUUCAAUAAAACUAAAAAGUACAUCAUUCAA